AUGCCUAAAGCUGAAGAAUUGAGAGGAAAUAAAGAUUGCAAGCUUCAUGAUUCUUAUUCCCAUUCUACUAACGACUGUGUUCAAUUCAGGGACAUAGUCCAAGAUAUGAUAGUCAAAGGGGAUAUCACCCUAGAGAAACCUGCACCAACUAUGGUGGACUCCAAUCCUUUUCCAAAUAUGCAUGUCAACAUGGUUGAGAUAAACUGGCCUGAUAGAGGCAAGAGAAAGCUCAUUGUAGAUAUUGGAGAAGAAGGGAAUAGAAUAGUGACCUUAAAGCAACUAGAGAGAUCAAAAGCCUCUAUCGUGGCUGGGGUGGUUUCGUGCAGUAAGUGCAAAAUGGAAUGUGAUUUUGAGAUACCUUGA